UUAUCACAAUUCCACCAACAAAAUGUCUGUCUUCUCCAAUUUCUUCUUCUAUAUUCUCCUCGUUUUGCAUCUGCUUUCCGCACUCCACAGCGCAGAAGCAGAUGCUUGCAAUAACCAGCAACGCUGCGGCCGCCACAGCCCACAAAUCCGAUUCCCUUUCGGAUUCAAACACAAUCAAAACUGCAGCAGCUACCCCGGCUUCGAAGUCUACUGCAGCAACGGCGACACCAUGCUUGAUUUGUCCUCUUCAAUCAACCUCAAAGUCAAAAAAAUCGACUACCUUUCCCAGCGUAUUAUCCUCUCCGAUCCACAAAAUUGCCUUGCCAGGAAGUUCCAAGACCUCAAUUUGUCAUCUUCUCCGUUCCAAUUCGUCACCGACAACAGCAACGACAACAACGGCGACGGUUACAUCGUCUUCAAUUGCUCCAGUUCCAUAAGAGAUCUUCAAUUCCGUGUUCCUUGCCUUAGCAGCGGUUCCGUGUAUGAAUUCUAUGCCGUUUCCAACAGCUCUUACAUGGAUUCGGUUUCUCUCACAAAUUGCACCAGUUACCACAACGUCCCGAAUGUCCCAUCGUAUGUCUUCGCCAAAAACGAUGUUGUGAUGAACUGGUCUGAACCGGCUUGCGGCGCUAAUUGUGAAGCUUUGGGAAAGAGUUGCGCGCCCUCCAAUGUAUCCACCACGAAUGUUAUCUGCGUUAACAGACCUCUGAGUGAUAAAGAAAAAAGGAGGAAGAUGCUCAUUGCAGGAGCGACAAUAGGAUCUUUUUUCCUCUUGGCAGCAAUCACAAUUCUCGUCUUUGUGAUCUACAAAAUCAUCAAGGACCGCGAGAAUAGGAAGAAGGUAGAGGGCUUUCUGGAAGACUACAGAGCCCUCAAGCCCACCAGAUUCUGCUACUCCGACAUAAGAAAGAUCACCAACCAAUUCAGCGAAAAGCUAGGGGAAGGCGGCUACGGAGUCGUCUACAAGGGCAAGCUCUCGACGGAGAUAAGCGUCGCUGUCAAAGUCCUCAACAACUCCAAAGAAAACGGAGAGGAGUUCGUGAACGAGGUCAAGACCAUCGGUCGGAUCCACCACGUUAAUGUGGUUCGUUUGGUAGGAUUUUGCGCAGAGGGAUUCAGAAGGGUCCUCGUCUACGAGUUCCUACCAAACGAAUCACUUGAGAAGUUUAUCUUCCAGUCUGAGUCGAAGAGAGCUUCGCUGAGCUGGGAGAGGCUUCUUGAAAUCGCGCUAGGGAUAGCCAAAGGCGUGGAGUAUCUACACCAAGGGUGUGAUCAACAAAUUCUCCAUUUCGACAUCAAGCCUCACAAUAUCUUGCUAGACCAAAAUUUCAGCCCCAAGGUGUCUGAUUUUGGUCUAGCGAAGCUCUGCUCCAAGGAGCAGAGUGCUGUGACUAUGACAGCUGCUCGGGGCACGAUGGGGUACAUUGCCCCUGAGCUGCUGUCGAGGACAUUUGGGAGGGUGUCGUAUAAGUCGGAUGUUUAUAGCUUUGGGAUGUUGUUGCUUGAGAUGGUUGGGGGAAGGAAGAAUGUGGAUCUUGAUAUAAAUAAUAGCAAGGUUUAUUUUCCACAGUGGAUAUAUAAUCAUUUGAAUCUUGGUGAUGAGUUUUGGGUGCAUGUUGAGGAAGGUGAGAAGGGGAAUAUAGCAAGGAAGUUAACUAUUGUUGGGCUGCAUUGUAUUCAGUGGUAUCCGGCGGAUCGACCGUCGAUGAAAGCGGUGGUUCAGAUGCUCGAGGGAGACGGAACGGAUCUCGUGAUGCCGCCAAACCCGUUCCCUACUACAAAUGCCACUCAUUUGGUUGCAGGGAUACCUCAAGCACCUUUCCAAAUAGAGUUGCCACUCAUAUUAGAAAGUGAGAGUGAGAACGGUGCCAUUGCCUAAACAAUAUCUAUUCCAGGGGCUUCUUACCUUCUUAUUUUUUUUCCUACUUUUCACUUUUGUUUUUCUUUCUUUUUGUCUUUGUAUCGAACGGUGAAAUGUUAUGUAGAUUGACUAGUUGGAGAAAAUUUCUGUGUGUUUUAGUGAAGUGAACAUGUAUAUAUAUAGAUAUGUGUGUGUUGUUCAUAUAUAGUAUUCUCAUCGUUACUCUCAA